GGGAGAGGAGCGGACGCGUCCCCCCGCUCCGACCGCCGCCGCCGCCGCCCGAGGAUGAACAUCCUCCCGAAGAAGAGCUGGCACGUCCGCAACAAGGACAAUGUGGAGCGGGUGCGGCGGGACGAGGAGCGGGCGGCCGCCGCCGAGCGGGAGCUCAAGGCCCGGGCGGAGCUGGCGGAGCGGGAGGCCAGGACCGAGCUGCUCCGGAACCGGGCCCGGCACUCCCUCCCCGAGUCCGGAAGCGCGUCGCGGGAGCUCCAACUGUUCGCUGCCAUCGACACCGACAAAAACCUGAGGGGAGGCAGCAAGGAGCUGGAGGCGGAGAAACGCCAGGAGAAGGUGAGCACUCGGUGGGGUGGAAGGGGGCUCGGGUACUGGCUCGCACCCAAAAACCUUCAUCCCCUACCACCGGAACAGCACUCUCCCUCUCAAACACCCCGCACGGGGAGGGGGGAGAAAUCAGCCAGG